AAGUAAACAGUGGACCUUUUAGCAAUCACUGUUUAACAUACACUGGUAUUGGGACAUCGGCUGCCUGAUCAUUCUCAGCUGCUCUAAGUUACUAUCCUAUUUUGGAACAAAUCAAAGAAAAUGUGGUGUGCUCUGUUGCUGCUCUGUGCCGUGCAGUUGCUGGGGACUGGAACAGCUGUCCCAACGAAAGCAAAUGCUGAUUUUCAGUUUUUGGAAGACUUGAAUGUAAAUCAGGCUCGUACGAGGAGAACAGUCGAAGACACAGAAGGAUCUGGUUUUGGGGCCAUUCAGGCGAAUGAAGAAUCCUGCCAACUUGCGCCUGAUUCUGGAGCUUGCUUCCAGAGCUUACGCAUGUUCUUCUACAACCAAUCCUCGAUGACCUGUGAAACAUUUAAUUAUGGUGGCUGCCUCGGCAACAAGAAUAGGUUUGUCACUGAACAACAAUGUUUGCAGACAUGCCGGACUGUAGCUGCCUGCAGAUUGCCCGUAGAAAUUGGCUCUUGCAGAAUGAGCAUCAAACUCUGGGCAUUUGAUUCUGUUAAUGGCAAAUGCAUCACCUUCAAAUACGGUGGGUGUGAAGGAAACGGAAACAGGUUCUACACGGAGAAGGAGUGUAUGGAGUAUUGUGACCCAAUUCCAGAAGGGGAGGAAGAGCUUCUGACUGUUCAAUAGAAAUCCUAAGUUCAAGAACAACACCAGAAGUAAUCAUUAGAAACGAUAAUUUGAAGCCGUGGCUCACACCAAGAACAUGUAUCUGAUGCUAAAGUCAACUGGUAGAGACAGCAAGGUUGCUUGUGCUCGCUUUCAACAGAGUGACCAUGUUCUUUCACAAAGUCAUCAAUAAAAAUAAAACAAUCAAAUGAA